AUGAGGAUAUACAGAUAUACACAACACUGCCGCACCUCAAACACUGAGAGCCAGUUACAGCGGAGACAACCCAAUCGAGCUACAACACAGCCUCCCCGUCCCGACAGCGGCUCCAAAUACCCAACACAGCCUCCACGUCCCGACAGCGGCUCCAAAUACCCAACACAGCCUCCACGUCCCGACAGCGGCUCUAAUGACCCAACACAGCCUCCACGCCCCGACAGCGGCUCCAAAUAUCCAACACAGCCUCCACGCCCCGACAGCGGCUCCAAAUAUCCAACACAGCCUCCCCGUCCCGACAGCGGCUCCAAAUACCCAACACAGCCUCCACGUCCCGACAGCGGCUCCAAAUACCCAACACAGCCUCCACGUCCCGACAGCGGCUCCAAAUAUCCAACACAGCCUCCCCGUCCCGACAGCGGCUCCAAAUACCCAACACAGCCUCCACGUCCCGACAGCGGCUCCAAAUAUCCAACACAGCCUCCCCGUCCCGACAGCGGCUCCAAAUAUCCAACACAGCCUCCACGUCCCGACAGCGGCUCCAAAUACCCAACACAGCCUCCCCGUCCCACCAGCGGCUCCAAAUACCCAACACAGCCUCCACGUCCCGACAGCGGCUCCAAAUACCCAACACAGCCUCCACGUCCCGACAGCGGCUCUAAUGACCCAACACAGCCUCCACGCCCCGACAGCGGCUCCAAAUACCCAACACAGCCUCCCCGUCCCGACAGCGGCUCCAAAUACCCAACACAGCCUCCACGUCCCGACAGCGGCUCCAAAUAUCCAACACAGCCUCCACGUCCCGACAGCGGCUCCAAAUACCCAACACAGCCUCCCCGUCCCACCAGCGGCUCCAAAUACCCAACACAGCCUCCACGUCCCGACAGCGGCUCCAAAUACCCAACACAGCCUCCACGUCCCGACAGCGGCUCUAAUGACCCAACACAGCCUCCACGCCCCGACAGCGGCUCCAAAUACCCAACACAGCCUCCCCGUCCCGACAGCGGCUCCAAAUACCCAACACAGCCUCCACGUCCCGACAGCGGCUCCAAAUAUCCAACACAGCCUCCACGCCCCGACAGCGGCUCCAAAUAUCCAACACAGCCUCCACGCCCCGACAGCGGCUCCAAAUACCCAACACAGCCUCCACAUCCCGACAGCGGCUCCAAAUACCCAAAGUGCCGAUACCCAGCGUGCGACUCUAAAGAAACCCAAAGCAGGUCGAAUGAAAUGCUAAGAUCUUGA